UGUGUAAAUACCAUGGACCUAUUAAAGAAAGGACAGCGGACUAAUACAUUGCCGCCCAUUCAUAACUAUAAAUACACGCACUGUAACUCGAGUGUGCACCUCAGCAAGCAAGGGGCAUCAUACGAGAAUGGGCACAAUUCAACAAAGGGGGUACAGGCAAUGAUCUCUACUGCUUGGAUACCAGGGGAAUGCAAUGUUUAACAAUGUCUGCUCACCAUACAACAAACGAAUACAACUGUAUUCUACCGGCCACUGGACCGCAGUAGUUCUAGCGUUUUACUGAUGAGGAGAAUGACCUGUUAAACUCAUCCUAAAUACAUAUGGUGCGUUCCAGGCAACCCGUGUUUUCGCCCCCUUCUACCCUCUUGUACUCCCAGUUAUACCUGGUUAUUUAUGGGCAAAAAAGUGUACCUGGAACACACUAUUAUAGGCAUGUUUUCCCCUUCACACCUGAUUCAAAUCAAAGGGUUAUUAGCAGAUUUCUGCAGAGCUUGAUGUCAUGGUAUUGAGUUGAUUAACUUUAAAAUAUGUUAUCAAAUCAAUGAUGUAAUAUCAUUUCAUAUAACUAAUUUUAGUAUUAGGCUAAUGUAAUUCACUAAACAUGCUUAUCUUAUAUCUUCUUACAACUUGCUGCUGGACUAUAUACAACAUAAAAAAUGUAGUACUGAUUUUACUUUGUUCUCUCUAAGCAGGCCAGCUCAUCAAGUGCUUACAUUCAGCAGCUUCUCGCAAGGGAUGUUGCCUGCCAGACGGAGCACCUGGAAACGCAUACUAAGACUGCGAUGCCUUUGUAGACCGUAGCACUCAGUGUGGCACCACCUCAAAGAUUCUGGCGGUGGUCGCCCCUGGCUCCUCCCACUGGUCCAGUCACAGCGAGGAACUGGUGCAGACCCCAGACACCAUUUCAAUCAAGCUUGAAGAGGAUAUUGGUGGAGGCCUGCCCGCCACAGAAGACUGCGAUGCCUUUGGAGACCGUAGCACUCAGCGUGGCGCCACCUCAAAGAUUCUGGCGGUGGUCGCCCCUGGCUCCUCCCACAUGUCCAGUCACAGCGAGGAACUGGUGCAGACCCCAGACACCAUUUCAAUCAAGGUUGAAGAGGAUAUUGGUGGAGGCAUGCCCGCCGUAGAAGACUGCGAUGCCUUUGGAGACCGUAGCACUCAGCGCGGCGCCAUCUCAGAGAGUCUGGGUGUGGACGGCCCUGGCUCCUCCCACAUGUCCAUCUACAGCGAGGAACUGAAGAUUCUGAGCGUCUACGGAAAAGGGGAGGGCCCACUGGCGGUGGACGGCCAUGACACCCUCUUCACCGCGUCAGAAGUGGAGGCCCUGAACUCGCUGUAUGCGUACCACAGCGCGGCCAAGAGCCUGGAGCGCGGCGAGCGGCUGGUCUGCCGCGAGGAGCUGAGUGUGCAGCAGACCCCAGACACCAUUUCAAUCAAGCUUGAAGAGGAUAUUGGUGGAGGCUUGCCCGCCGUAGAAGACUGCGAUGCCUUCGGAGACCGUAGCGCUCAGCGCGGCGCCACCUCAGAGAUUCUGGGUGUGGUCGCCCCUGGCUCCUCCCACAUUUCCAGUCACAGCGAGGAACUGCUGGUUAGCAGAAUAAAGAAUAUGUUGGCAUUUUUGCACUUGUAAAUUGUUAAUAGUGUUUUAGCCUACACUCAGAUGUGAACUCAUUCUUGCAUGCGGGGGUCUUGAAUCACAGGGAAGACAUUGAAAUUGCAGGUCGUUCCAAGUGAAGUGUAAAAAUGCCUAAUCUGUCGGUAGUGGGGAUUGACAGCUAUUCUGUGAAAAUGAAAGAAUAUGUCUUGUGUGCGUUUCCUUCUUUAUGUGGAAAGCAGCAGACCCCAGACACCAUUUCAAUCAAGGUUG